AUGGCACCCUCAAGGCCUCGCGCAUCACUGCUGCCUUUCCUUGCCGUAGCUUCGCUUCUUCCAUCCACAGCAUGGGCAUUCGACUGCAAGGAUGUCGCGGCGUCGGGUGUGCACUUCAACCUUGGCAAGCUCGGCGGGCCGCAUGUCGUACACUGGAAGGACGAAGACCUGGCACACGAGAUGCUGUACAAGUACAACUUCACUGUUGACAUUUGCGACAAGUUGAAGUGGCACAAGGGUGGAAGCUUGGCAACGGAGUGUCAUCACGGCUCAAGAGUGUGCGCCAUUCGAGAAGAUGUAAACCUUGCCAUCGAAAGAAACUCGUCCAUAACGCCCAUCGACAUCGCUGGAACAUACAAAACACAGAACGGCAAAGACAUCGAUGCGAAAUUCGAACUCCUUCGAGAAUCCAAGUCCAACUCUGACGCCGGGCGGGAAGGUCUGCGGGCUGUCCUCAACGGCGGGCGCUUUCCAUUCGACGACAAGAAGAGCGGUAUCGAUCAGAGAGCCAUCAUCGAGUUUGUGUGCGACAAAGAGCGAACAGGACUCGAAGGCAGCGAGGGAGACAACGGCGACAAGGAAGAUGACAAGGAUGACGACAAGGAGAAAGAUGGCGACAAGAAGGAAGAGAAGCUGAGGCGCCGAGCCGACGACUCAAAAGGCAAAUGCGAGGACAGCGAUGCUAGCUUGCGAUUCUGCGGAUACGAGAACGAGACAGAGAAGGACAAGAAGAUCCAGACACUGAGACUUGAGUGGCGGACACAGUAUGCCUGCGAGGACGCCCCGCCGGUUGACGGAGGAAGCCACUGGGGUUUCUUCGGGUGGUUCUUCAUCAUCCUCUUCCUCGCCAUUGCCGCCUACCUCAUCUUCGGCUCCUGGCUCAACUACAACCGCUACGGUGCUCGGGGCUGGGAUUUAUUGCCCCAUGGGGACCAAAUUCGCGAUAUCCCGUACAUUGCAAAGGAUUUUGCGCGCAAGGUUGUGGGUACCGUGCAAGGCGGUGGCAGUCGAGGUGGAUACGCGGCUGUGUAA